UUCGCCAGGCUGCGGAACCUCCGCCGCGCAGAAGUCCGUAAUGACCCACAAAUGGCAGCACAGUCCUUGGCAAAGUCACCCAACGAUGAACUGAAGAAACGCUGCAUGCCAUCUGGAAGUCAGAACAAGCGGCCGCUAGUGUGUGUGCUGUCUGAUCGCAUCGACGCCGACCGGAACGUGUCCAAGCUCUUCUGCACUCACAUCGUCCUCUCCCUGCGUCGCUACGGUCGGUUGGACGCCCUGCAGGACAUCACCAAAGAGUACGUGGCGCAGCUGCGCAGUGCGGCCCCGCCGGGCGUCUUCGUGCUGGUGGCGCCGCACGAGCGCGCCCUCGAGCAGAGCCACGAAGGCGAGGCCGUGCGCCUGGCCGAGGCCACCGCGGUGCAGCUCAAGGGCAAGCAGCUCGACGGGCUCGCCUUCCUGCACGUGGCCCGCACAAGCGCGGCGCUCGUCGAACUCGGCCCCACGCUCGAGGUUCUGCACGAAACCUACAAGGCCGCCAACCUCUGCCUGGCUCUGGAUCUCCAAAUUCUUGACCCAAGCACUCCGGCUGAAGAAGUCGGAAAAUCUCUUUCGCUCGUUGCCAAACACGUUGAUUUGCUUGUGGUGAACACGCACUACCCGGGCCGCAUGGGCCCUUGUCGGGUGAUGCCGCUAGCCUCUGCAAUACAGCCGGCACAGUCCUGCAUUCCCUCCGUGGCAACAGACACUGCGGUGCAGUGGCUCAAGGAUGUGAGCGAAACGGGCCUCACUCUGGUCUGCCUGUCCGUGGACUUGCGCGUCCUUCGCUUCCGCGCAUACGGCACGGUGGCACCCUUCGGCUCCUGCCGGCGCGAGGAGGCGCUGGACUUCCCCAGAGCUUGUACAGGUGGCUCCUGGACUCAGGUGCACAAUGCUUCGCGUGACAGCCCCAUGUGGCAGGACGGUUACAACCUGCAGACGUACGACACGGCAAGCUCCCUUACACAGAGGGUUCGGUCGCUGCUUCCUCUUCCGAACGCUGGCGUCGCUGUCUUCAACUUGGACUACGAGGACUACGCUGGGGUCUGCGAUGGUGGCGUGCCUCAGGCUCGACUCAUGGCAAUUAGGGCGGCACUCGACGAGGAGAAUAUCACCGCCCAGACUACGAUAACCCUCGAGGCCCCCGAUCGUCCACUCGUCUGCGUGCUCUCUGCGGCCGUGAGGAACGAGUCCCGCGUACCGUCCUCCCACUGCACGCACCUGGUGCACGAAGGCGCUCGCUAUUCUGUAACCGAAGAGAAGCUCGUCAUUCCCGAGAACACGGUCAGUCUGGCCGCUAACCGGAGCAAGCAGCGACACCUCGUUGGACUGAACGGUAACGAGAUGGUAGAGUUGCUCAUGACGGCCAACGACAGGGACAGACACGAAGUCGCUACCAGGAUGGCUUCCGCCGUGCUCGCCGCCAAAAUGCAAGGCCUGGCCAUCCUCAACUUCAACAGGACGUCGAAGACGAUCGCAAACUUUGGAAGCGUGCUCGAGGUUAUACGGAGCGUUUUCGCCAAGGAGCUGACCAUCGUGUUCGGUGCUGAAGUUCUGGACUUCAGCCUACCAGCAGAGAUCAUGGGACAGCGCCUGACAAAAGCAGCCAAGCACGUAGACAUCUUCAUCCUUCAGACGCACUACCGGCGCCCCCGAGGUUAUUGCCGCGUCAGCUACCCGUCCACGUACAGGGGAGACACACCGCUCGUCACUUUGUCGGCAGCCGCUGCAUGGGCCCGGGCCAUGGAGACUACCAACCGUGUGUGCGUCUCCUACACGUUGGGCGUGAUUCAGUUCCAGAAGGGAGACGCCAUGGGACCAGCCGCGUGCGACAAUGUUACCCUUCUCGACCGCGCCGAUGCAUGUGACGAGAAAGACUGGGAAGUGGACGCAAACAAUACGAAAACUCUAUCCGUCAUUCGCAAGAAAGACAAAUUCAUACAGACGUUCGAAUCGCCGGAGUUCCUGGCCGAAAAGGUUUCCCGAACGUUCAGCGAAAAUCCAGGGAGCUGCGUAGCCUUGUUCAAUGUCGACCUCGAGGACGCUACGGGCAACUGCGGAAACGCGCACGCACGCAAGUUCGCCCGCCUUGCGGUUGUGGCAGAAAAGUACAUUGAACUCGAUAGCAGGACCAAGUCCAAGCAUCAGCUCCUGCCUAUGCUGACGAAAGUUGUGCCCAACGACACCGCCGCAAAUUUAGCAGGUUACCUGCCACACUUCGCUCCCGAACGUCUGGUUGGAUUGAAAGCACGGACUACCGUUUACCGUCCUGACAUCUUGGGAGUGCCAGAAAAAAGGCCGUUCGUGUGCCUGUUCAGCCCGUCCUGGACGAAUGCAAGCGUCAGCCCGGUUCCUUCACGAUGCACCCACGUAGUGCUCAGCGCCGAAUCGCUGGACGCUCCCAAUUUGACUGCGACAAUGAGCGAACGGGAUGCUGCGCUCGAGCGUCUUUCGCGGGGCCUCGGUCAUGGCGUGAAGCUGUACGUGCGUCUGCAAGGCUGGCGCCGGGACAUCGCCACCAAAGCACAGGCAGUGCAGGACGCCAUGAGGCUCUCGUACGCCCAAGGCGUGGCGCUCACUGACAUCCGCAUCGCCUCUACUGAAGCAGCGCAGCUCGCUCUAGGGAUACAGGCGCUGAUGGAGCAGAUGCCGAAAGACACGUCCCUGAUUCUUGGCUUAGAAAUGAGCGAUUACGAUGAAGUCGGCCAGUUGCUGUCGCAAAGGCUCGCACCUCUCUACGAAUUCGCAGAUGUUGUGGUGCUGCAGACGCAUCUGAGGACUGGACACAGUUGGCCCUUCUGCCGGACGACCUAUGCUUCCCUGUUCGAUCAUCCAUCCGACGACUCCUGCCUCCAGACGCCGCCCGCGGUGACAGCUCUGAGCUGGAUCAAGCUGCUUCAGCCAUUCUCGGUGCCUACCUGCCUGUCGCUCAACAUGGCCGCUGUAAAGUUCCGGGCCUCGAAAAACGCGACACCCGAGGCAUCUUGCGAGGACGCCCUAGAGACGAACGACGUUUGCACCGCGCAAGCAUGGCCAAGCGCAGCGGAGUCCACCUCGAAGCUGGCUGCCUAUCGUUAUAAGGACGGCUUCUCUGUUACCAUGGAGACAGCGGAGCUGCUGCGCGAGAAGUUGUCGCGGGCGCACCGGCUUUACCCUCGUUUCUGCGUGGCACUGUACAACGUGGACGUGGACGCCGAGCCAUGUGAGGGAUCGGACCUCUCCUUUGCACGCGUCGCCCAGAUCGCCGACGCGGCCCAGUACAAGCACCGCAAGCCAACCACACAGCAGCCAAGGGGGAGAGACUCGGGGGAAAGUCCAGAUGACGACUCUGGGCCGAGAACAGCUGUGCAGAACGCGACAUCCAGCCAUGCCCUUGUGUGCAUCCUGUCAGCCUCGGCGCUGAACGUGGAAACAUUUCCAAUGCGGCUUUGUUCCUACGUGGUCUACACACGCCGAGUGACGCCAGGCGCUCCACCACAGCCCUUUGUCCCCCAAGAUGAUCCCAAGUUCUCCAAGUUCGUGCGCCGAUGCGUAGAGACAGAGAGUAACGGCCUCGUUGCCGUCACGCCUUCGAUGCUGACUACGCUGUUUGAUGGUAACAGCUCAACGCUCGUUGUUGACGCCCUGAAUGGCGUGAUGCGCCGGCUGGCCGACAGCAAGCUUGCAGGUAUCGCUGUUUUCGCCACUCCUAGCGCUGACCUUCAAGCACUGGCAAGCAUGACGCAGGAGGCCUUCAAACGCAUGAAGGACAAGUUCAAGAUGGUCGUCGGAGUGCAUGUCACGAAAUUCGACGCCCCGGUGCUCAAGGAACUGAGCAAGAGCAGCCACUUGCUCGUGCUCUUCACUCACAGCAUGCUUCGGGGCUCUAACUGCACCGUCACGGCUCCCAGCUCAUUACCUCUCACCCCGUCGCACUAUGAAAUCAUGAAACAAAUUUCCACGCUAGAAGGUGACCGACAACCGUCUACGUGCAUCUCUGUAAAUUUUGCCGUCAUGGGCUUCAAGACGCGUUCUUCGAAUGCAUCGCUGGGAGACGGCUGCGUGAACCGAAGGCUGGAAUCGUACGAUCAUACAUGCUGGGCCGCCGGCGACUUGUGGCAGGCGACGUCGCUGCUGGUGCACCGCCACAACAGCAGCUGGGUGCAGACGUUCGAAACCGAGCGUUCGGUGGGAUCCGCGGUGCGACCCUUCCUGGAGGCGUACCCGCAGGGCUGCGCCGCGGCCGUGUACGCAGAUUUCGAGGACGCCUCGGGGACUUGCCGGCCACGCUACUCGCGCCUUCGGGCGCUGUCCGCACUGAUGACCGCCAAGGCCGCCGAUGCCUCGCCGUCCGCCGAUUCCCUGCCGACCAAAGAGGAGUCCGUUACAGGUUCACUGCCAACAGCUGCACCCGAGGACAUGAUCUCUACCCACGUCACCAAGCGAAACAAAAUGGUCUGCUUCGUGACGCCGUCUUCACACAUUAUGACCGAUCUACCCGCCGACUCGUGCGACUACCUGGUUCUCUCGACGCAGAACUUCACCGCUGUCGAGAAUGUCACCGCUCUCUUCAGUCGGUGGAAGGAGCUCAUGACGCAGCUGUCGCACAAGACCCGGCUGGUGCUCGGGAUGAACGCGCGCACUUUGGUCUCUCUCUACAAGGGCGACUACGCGGCCGGCGUGCUGCUUGUCGAGUCCGUGCCUUCAUGGCUGAAGCCCAACGGUGGGCGUGGCCUGGCUCUGCUCGCUGGAUCACUCGCCUCGCAAGACGAGCUGCUGCUCUUCCGCAUUCUGAAGGAUUUGCGUUCGGCACUCGACCAGGCCGGGAAUCCGGCACCUGAAAUCAUCUUGGCCGUGUCCUCUGACAGCGAACUCUUCCACAAGGAACUUAUCGAGCUGUCUGACGUGUUCGUGCUCGUGGACCACCACAUCCCUCGGGAGGCUGGCUCUCCCUCCUGUAAGGUGGCCUUCCCUUCAGUUUCACCGAGGACGUCGUCACUGACGUCGCCCAUGCUGAUCGCCAAGGAUCUGAUGCAUAAAGGCACCGAGAACAAGACGUACUGUAUCAGCAUCAACCUGGCAGUGCUCAAGUUCGCCACCAGCGCCGACAGCCUCGCCGAUGGCAGCCGCUGUGACUCGGAGGACGAGGUCGCCUAUUCCGAGGUGUGCCAGAGAAACAAUGCGAUUCCCGUGUACGAUAUGAACUGGAUGACUGCGUCCCUCAAGGACAGCAAGAAGCUCUACACCUUCGAGAAGGCCGAGAUGUUGCUCUCGAAGGUCCUCUUUCUGAAGGCGUGGUUCCCGAGUCUCUGCGUGGCCGCCUUCCACGCCGAACUAGACGCUGUGGACAGGGAGGCAUGCCCGCAGUCCGAACAGUACGCAAGACUGCUCAGUGUUCGCAGGGGACUCGACUCAUCCGUGCAUGGAGAAAGUCACUGGAGGAGAAAUGCCGCAGAUGGUGCCUGACAAACAUCCUGGCAUGGAGUCUGUUUCUCAGUUUUGCAGAGGGAUCGGCGCCCACACUUUUAUCUUACACUGAUUUAAUAAUACACUUGGCCCCCGGUGUCGUA